GAGAACCCUUCCGCUUUCAGUUUGAACGGAACGUGAAUCUGUCUCUCUCUCUUCCAGGAGACGUCGUCCGGAGAACGGAGCUGCGUCGGAGACGGACGAGUGCGGGAUGACCGCGUUGCACUGGGCGGCAGUGAACGGAGACACGGAGAGGGUCAGGGCGCUGCUGGACGGAGGAUGGAACACGAGGGCGAGGGAUGCGAAUGGAAGGACGCCCCUCCACAUGGCCCUGGUGUGGGAGAAGGAGGCCGCGGCAGAGCUGCUGGCGGAGGCCGACUGCGUCACGGAUGUCGUGGAUGACGACGGGAGCACCCCUCUACAUCGCGCUGCACAGAGGGGGUUCGUGAAUGUCGUCAGUAUGCUGCUCGCGGGAGGGGCGGACGCAAGUGCGAAAGACGGAGAUGAACGGACGCCCCUCCAUGUUGCCUUGUACUGCUGGAUGGAGGCCGCGGCGGAGUUGCUUCUGGGGGCCACCCCCGAAUGCGACGGGCCGGACUGUCAUGGCUGCACCCCCCUGCACUACGCUGCGAGAAGAGGUUUUGUAAGGAUAGCGAGAGCCUUGGUGUCGAGGGGUGCGCGCUUGAAGGCUAAAGAUGUAGAAGGAUACUGUCCCCUGCGCCAUGCCCUGUGGUGGGGACAAGACGGUGUGGCGAGGGUGCUCCUGGCGACGUACGCCUGGAGGACAUUCGAGGUACAUUGGGAAGAGAUGCAGCUCUCGAAGGAUAAGGAGGAGCGCGGCGUCCGGCUGCUCUCCGAGUGCGAGGCCGAGAUGAGGGAGGCCCGGGUGGAGGGGUCCCGCCUCUCCCUCCGCGACCUCGCCCGCCGACCCCCCUCCCGCCUGACCCGGCGCCUCUCCGACGAGGCGAUCCGGCGGCUCUCGCACCGGGACCUCCUGACGCGGGAUUUCCCGCUCUUCGGCUACCUCCUCCUCGUCCGGCUGGGGGAGGUCCGGGAGAGGAGGGCCCUGGAGGACCGCUUCCUGCGCUGCUUCCCCCUCCUCUGCCGGCCCCUACCCACCACGUGCACCGACGUCCUCCUCGCGUGCCUGGCGGACGACGACCUGAGGCACUUCGCCCGGGCCGCGGAGCUCUAGUCGCCUAGAUUCCGUUCGGGUGCCUCGCGAUUGGAAAGGGAAAAUAAAGAUCACAGGACUUUGCUCUAACUGUAUGAACCUCUUGUGACUGAACUUUAUCUGCUGUUGUUUUUGUGAAUUAUUCUGAGACACC